AGUGACGAGGGAGACAGUGGAGCUGAUGAGUUCCGAUUUGGACCUACUGAGUUCAAGGUGGCUGCGGCAUCUCAGCCCAAGCAGAGGUCCGGCAGGGAACUGGGUCGAUGGAUCUGAAGUUCAAGGGAUGGGUUAGAGAUCUGGAACCCAGCAGCCUGUGGAUGGUGCUGGGAACCAUGAGGUAAUGCGACACUUCCCAGGGAGCGUAUCUGGGGUGACAAGAAAAAUGGGACCUGCCAGCAUUCUCAAGGACAGCUUGGUGGAAGAGGAUAUAAGGUGAAGGCUAAGGAUGGCGUAGGAUACAAACAGGGCGAGGAGAAUCCGGAAAAUUGUGGAACAGGAGGCCAGGAAACGCAGAGUAGAGGCAGCCAAAAUAGUCCAGUUGUGCCAAGGGGCCAGCAGUGGACUUCCGUGUGAGAUGACCUUAGCAGGGCAGUUUCAGCCACGUGGCUCAGACUGGAGUGGAGGCGUCAGGGGGAGGAUGCAGGAACUGACUUGGAAAAGGAAGCUCCUCACCUCACCAGAAGUUGAGGGGGCAAAGUGGAGGAUGGAGCUGGCUGCUGCUGUGUCUCUAGAGGAAGGCGACACAAAGCUGAGUGAGGUCAGAUGCCUCAACAUUGAGUAUCCGAAGUUGGGAAGAUCCCAAGGGCCCGAAAUGGGAAGCACCCAUUUAUUUACCCACCUUGCUUGACCUGGCUCCACGCUGAGUGGCGUCCAGACAGAAGCAGAAGUGUUCUAAGGCCGUCAGCUGGGAACGCAAGCCAACAAGCCCCGUGUAUGCCCAGGAGAUUAACUCCUGGCAUCCCUCAGCACCAAUCGUGGAGAGCCACAUAGAUGGGACGCUGCAAUAAAAGCACGGUCUACAGCAGGCUUGCGUUUCCACAGCUGGUCUGGGGACGGAGGACGCCUGGUGUUCUCAGCCCAAGCUGCAUGGACAGUCUGCAUGCCGCUGAGUGACCUGCACAGCUCAGCUUAUGGAAACAAUGGCCAGCCCUGCCGUCCUGUGGCUGGCCUUGGCCUCCUGCGUCCUGACCCUGGCUUCCACAGAGCAGGAAGGUCCCAGAAACCCCACCACCAAUUCCUAUGGGCUGGACUUGGAGUGCGGCGUCCCCGGGGCCUGCUUUGACCCCUGCCAGAAUUACACGCGCCUGGAUGACCCCUCCCGGAGCAUAGGGUACACAGGAGGCAAGAAGUGUGACAGGGACCUGCACGGCUGGUUCCGCUUUGUGGGAGAAGGGGGCGUGAGGAUGGCGGACACCUGUGUGCCAGUCUUCCGAUGCGAGGCGGACGCCCCCAUGUGGCUGAACGGGACCCACCCGGUCCUCGGGCAGGGCAUUGUCACCCGCACGGCUUGUGCUCACUGGUCAGGCAACUGCUGCUUCUGGAAGGCGGAGGUGCGGGUGAAGGCCUGCCCGGGAGGGUACCAUGUGUACCAGCUGGAUGGCAGCCCCUCGUGUAACCUGAGAUACUGCACAGACCCCACCACUCAGGAAGACAGGUGUGAGAAGGCCUGCCGCCCGGAGGAGGAGUGUGGCUUUGUCAAUGGUACCUGGGGCUGUGUCUGCAGACGGAACCUCAACAGCACUGAUGUGCAGAGUUUGCAGCCUCAGCUGGACUGUGGGGACAGGGCGAUCACAGUGUCGCUGGACAGGUGUCAGCUGGAAGGCCUGGGUUUUGAGGAUCAGGUCAUUGCCUACCUGCGGAACAGGACGUGUACCAGCAUCCUGCAGAAAGAUGACAGGAACCAGAUGUCCGUAACCAGCCCUGCUCAGGCUAACGCCUGUGGGAACAUUCUAGAGAGAAAUAGAACGCAUGCCAUCUACAAGAACACCCUCUCCGUGGUCAACGAUUUCAUCAUCAGAGACACCAAACUCAGCAUCAACUUCCAGUGUGCCUAUCCGCUGGACAUGCAAGUCGGCCUCCAAGCUGCCCUGCAGCCCAUUGUAAGCUCCAUGAACAUCAGUCUGGAUGGGGAAGGCGAGUUUACUGUCCGGAUGGCCCUAUUCCAAGACCAGAACUACACGCUGCCUUACGAAGGGGCCAUAGCCGUGCUGCCCGUUGAGGCCAUGCUUUAUGUGGGCGCCAUCUUGGAGAGAGGGGACACCUCCCGGUUUAACCUGCUGUUCAAGAACUGCUACGCCACACCCACUAGAGACAGGGAAGACCCUGUGAAAUACUUCAUCAUCAGAAACAGCUGUCCAAACCAACGUGAUUCCACCAUCUUCGUGGAGGAGAAUGGGGAGUCCUCCGAAGGCCGGUUCUCAGUUCAGAUGUUCAUGUUUGCCGGAAACUACGACCUAGUUUUCCUGCACUGCGAGGUCCGUCUCUGUGACUCCCUCCAUGAACAGUGCCAGCCGUCUUGCUCAAGAAGUCAAGUCCGCAGUGAAGCAGUGGCGAUCGACCCAGCCCUGGUUCUGGAUUUGGGACCCAUCGCUCGGAAAGGUGCCGCGUCCGGUGAUGCGAACGGAACCCCCAGCACCACAGGGUUCCUGGUGGCCUGGCCCGUGCUUCUCCUGCCUGUCCUCCUGGCUCAGCUGUUCUGAGCUCAGCUAGGCAUCUGGCCUUGCAGCUUGAGUCCUGCCUCUGGCGAUGGCUUCCAGUCACCCUUCAGCUGUGUUGGAGUUCCCUCCAAGUCAGGCGUGGGGUGAACAGACGCCAGGCUGGGCUCGGUUUGGCGGAAGAGGGGAAGAACUUCCUUCAACACUUCCCGUGUCUUUGUUUUCCUCUCUGUCUCAAGGUGGGGGCCCUGUCGGCCUGGGCUGACUUGCUCAUUCCUUAGCAGCUUCAUGAAAGCAAGUUUGGUAGGCGCCUCUGUAGCUCCAGCCUCUCCCCGAAGUGCCUUUGUACUCCAGGGAAGAGGGACCCUGUCACUGGCGGAAAGGGAAUGGGGUGCGCUCCUACAAGAGGCCCUCCCCAGGCACCCCUGUCUGACUGCUUGUGAAUUGAACAGACUGACCCUUGCUUUCACCCCGCUUCCUCUGGCAUAUUUCCAUCACGGUCUCAACAAUCGCCAUGGCUACGUGUUGUAAAGGGGCCACUUUCAGAGACCCGGCUCCAGGAAACAUGGGGCCCCAUUGCUCCCCUGUCCCCCACCACACCACAGACAUGCUCUGAUGUGCCUAGAACUACACCAACUCCUCCCCUGGGACCUGGACGCUGGAGGAAUGGCUCGGUUUGGGUACAGAGACACUGUCACCCCAGAGCACACCUCUAGCUGUAAACAGUGCUGUGCUUGCACGGCAGGGCCAGGCAGGCAGUCCCAGCAGGAAUGCUGCGUCAAUGCCACAGGGGAUGGUGCAGCAACGGAGCCUGGGAGGUGGGUGAAGGCCCUUUCUGGAAAAACUCGAACAAGCCCUCACAAAGCACUCCGCAAAGUUCCCAAAUACGGAGCAAACUUCCCUUUCCCACAGCUGUACCUGGGCCUCUCCAUGCUGGCCUCAGGAAAAUGACCUGAC